GGCUUAUUUGUGCUAAUGUCGAAAAAUAAAACCGAGAAUGGCGUUGAAUACAAUGAAUUCUUACAAAUACCAUUCGCAAAGCCACCUGUAGGAAAUUUAAGAUUUAAGAGCCCACAACCACCAGAAUCGUGGGAAGGCGAAAGAGAUGCCAGAGAAGCCGAUGAGAACCAUAUAUGUACCCAAUCUGACAUCAUCACACAACGUACAAAAGGCAGCGAAGAUUGCUUGUACCUCAAUGUCUUUAGUCCGAUUUCAGCAAGCAAAACAAAUAGUAAGCCAGUGAUAGUUUUCAUUCAUGGAGGAGGUUACAUCUUUGGUAAUGGUAUUUUGAAAAAUGAAAAUAACCCGACUUAUCUACUCGAAAAUGACGUUAUCGUUGUAUUCAUAAACUAUAGGCUUGGAGUCUUUGGAUUUUUAUCAUUAGAUAUUCCUGAAGCAGCCGGAAACAUGGGUUUAAAAGAUCAACUAAUGGCUUUGAAAUGGGUUCAAGAAAAUAUAGAACAUUUUGGAGGUGACAAAGAUAAUGUUACGAUUAUGGGAUUAAGUGCCGGUUCAGCAUCAGUGGAAUAUCAUAUACUUUCACCGGUUAGUAAAGGACUUUUCAGCAAAGCAAUAAUGCAAUCUGGAUCAGCUCUAAACCAUUGGGCUAUAAACCACAACAUUAAAAAUCUAAGUAUGACAUUAGUAAGAGAACUGGGUUAUAAAGCAUCUGAAGAUAAUGACAGAGCAAUAUACCAGUUUAUAUUAAAUACAAACGCAAUAGAUUUAUUAACGGCCAGUAUUAAAGUUACUGAUCCACGGAAUUUCAAUGGACUUUUCUUUGGUUUCGUUCCUUCUAUCGAAAAAGAUUUUGGGACGGGAGAAACAUUUUAA